AAAGUGUCUGUAGAAAACAAAAUAUUUGCUGUCACAGUCAUUGUCAAAAGCACAUGAUGUUUUGCAAAAUUUCUUCUGAUUGAUAUGUCAGAUUUGCAAAUGAAGAAUGUCUUGCUACGGAUGUGGAGCUAGUUUCGGUCUUUUCCAUAAAGAGCAUGGUUGCAAAAACUGUGGGUUUGCCUUCUGUGGAAAAUGCCUAACAAAGAAACAUGAAGUUCCAAAACUGAACAACGAGAAACACAAAGUCUGCAACAAAUGUUACAAUAUUCUAACAGGGAAAAUAAAACCUGAGGAGAAGAAGAGAGAUGUUUCUCCACCAGAGGCCUAUAAAAAGAGGCUAGCCGCAUUACAGGAGAGAGAAGAACAUGGUAAAGGCUCCCCCUCCAAAAAACAAACAGCCAAAGGGACCCCCAAACACCCCUCCCACUCCCAUCCCUCCCACUCCCGGGCAGAGAGGGAGAUCGAAGAGAGGCUUCAAAAACUCAAGGAGAAAACCCCAGAACAAGUUGCCAAAGAAAACGUGUCGGAAAAGGAGAUCAAAGAGAGGCUGGCUAGACUAAAGGGAGAGAACCCAGACAAUCAACACUCCGAUAAAAAACCUGUAUACAAACCACCAGACAAGAGAACCCAGCAGUUACAAGUGGACGAUCUUCUGGACGAAAUUUCUAAAGAAGUGGAACUAGAGAGUCAUUUACCAAACAACAUCACAGAGCUAGAAAACAGACUGACUAAUCUCAAAGGAGGAAAGGGUGAAAAUUCAGGGCAGAAUCCAGACAAAGAUGAAAACGAUCUGAAUCGUGGGGAAGCCAAAGAUACAAAGCCGUACGUGCGAAACAUUCCGAGUGAGGAGGGGAAGAAAAGUAACGAGGAGGGGGGAGAGAUCAGCGCCGAGGAGAUCAAUAAAAUCCUGGAGGAGACGUCAAAAGAGUGUGAGCUGGAGGCCAGGAAAGCACUGAAAGACCUAGAGAAAGACAAGGACAUCAUGAAACGACUGCAGGAGAUCAAAAGUCGACGUAAUGACGACGUCAACAAGCAAGGAGAAGGCUCAGAGACAGAAGACAAAGAUAAUCCAGCAGAAAAUUCCGACACUGAUAACGAAGACAAGCAGGCUAGUGAUGUCAUCAAACAGAUAAUGGAAGAGGACAAGCUGGAUGAAGCAGCAGCUAAAGAUGGAAUCUCAAUCAAUCAGAACAGCAAAGGGAAGAAAGCUCUGAAACAAGAAAAGGAAGAGGAGGAGGAUGAUGAACUUCCAUACUGCUGUAUUUGUACGGAGGACGCAACGAUCCGUUGUCAUGGCUGUGACCUUGACCUCUAUUGCAAUCGCUGCUGGAAGAUGGCAUCGCCAAGAAGAGGUAAGAGAACUUCAUCUAAAUCUACAUCAAGGAGUCGAUCAAGAAGUCGGUCUCGUAGUCGGGGAAGGAAAGUCCCGAAGUCCCCACCCUCCACCAGAAAGACCCGGUCCCCAGCGCGCUCUAAGGCUGAUUCCCCAGGAAGAUCCAAGGUAGCCACCCCCACCAGAGGAAAAGUGGAGUCCCCCGCCAGAGGCAGGAGGCGGUCAGUAGAGCGAGCAGUGACCCCUACCAGGAGGUCAGCCCGUCUGGAAAACAAGACAAAGGAUCCAGAGAAGAGAGUGCCAGUUGAGAUGCCCUCUAUGGAUGUACCCAGGAGGGUACCUAAGACGACUCACCACGAGUUUGGAGGGGCCAUCGGAGCAUUCUUUAUGCUGAUUCUGCUUCCUGCCACAGUAUAUGGACUCAAUCUCAUGUGUGACAAGAAAAGUUGUAAGCCCCGUAUGAUCAAGUUUCCCACUGAUCUGAAGUUAUACUUUGACUGGGAAGCUGCAGCCAUUUACUUGGGGUGGUUUGUCUUCCAAUCUGUUAUCUACCUGCUGCCUAUUGGACGAAUGGUCAAAGGUCAACCACUGAGGUCAGGGGGUCAACUAACCUACAGGUGUAAUGGUUUCUUUGCCCUCCUGGUCAGUUUAGCAGCCUUUGGUGCCGCUGUUUACUUAGGGUAUCCAGUACAGAAGGUCCAUGACAAGUUUCUGGCUCUGAUCACCACGGGGACGAUUUUCUCCUUCGUGAUGAGUGUUCUGUUGUACAUCAAAGCCAGGCGUGGUCCCAACAGCAAGCUGGCCCCCGGGGGAAACACUGGAAAUGUUCUAUACGACUUCUUCAUUGGACACGAGUUGAACCCGAGGAUUGGUAACUUUGACCUGAAGUUUUUCUGUGAGCUUCGCCCUGGUUUGAUUGGAUGGUUGAUGAUUAACCUGGUUUUCCUGACCGAGGCGUACCAAAAGUCCGGUUCCCUACCCCCCGCCCUCACCAUGGUGGUGGUGUUCCAGGGUCUCUAUGUGGCAGACGCUCUGUGGUUUGAGGAUGCGAUCCUGACGACUAUGGACAUUAUCACUGACGGCUUCGGUUUUAUGCUGGUGUUUGGAGACCUGGUCUGGGUACCGUUCCUCUACUGUCUACAGACCCGCUUCCUGGCAGAGCACGGAGAAUCCCUGCCCUGGUAUUGCCUGGCCGGCAUCACAGUCCUAAACUUUGUUGGAUACACAAUAUUCAGAGGCAGCAACUCUCAGAAAAAUGAAUUCAGAAAGAAUCCCUACAACCCUGCAUUAGCUCAUUUGGAGACAAUUCCUACAUCAACAGGAAAGAAACUCUUGGUGUCUGGCUGGUGGGGACUGUGUCGAAAGCCAAAUUAUUUAGGAGACAUCCUUAUGGCCCUGUCUUGGUCAUUGGCUUGUGGUUCCAGCACACCCUUGCCAUAUUUCUACCCCGUGUAUUUCACCAUCUUGUUGGUUCACAGAGAAAUGCGUGACUCGGAGAGCUGUGCCAAGAAGUACAAGGCUAGCUGGGACCGCUACUGCGAGCGGGUCAAAUACAGGAUCUGUCCUCUUGUCUAUUGAAAGGAUAUAAUUCUCGGUGUUAAAAAUUCAAGUUUAAAUGCAUCCAAAGACUUGUUUUAUUUUAUUUCAUUUUAGGGACAAUAAAGUUUUAAAGAGAUAAUAUUUUUAUUUAAAGAUACUUGUGUAUGAUUUUAAUGAAGAGUUUUAUAAUAGAAGAAUUAUUAUCUAAGAUUUUUAAAGUUAGUUUUUAAGAUUUUUUUUUAAGUUAAAGAGAGGAAAUGUAAUAUUUAAAAAUUUGUUUUUUUAUUUCAACUUUAUAUAAGUGGCAAUAUGACAUUUUUUCUCAGGGCUGUAUAAGUAUUAGGUUAUCUGUACCUAUUUAACUUGCCAUGGGUGUACAUGUAUAAUGAGUGUCAUAUAUAAAACAUUUUAAUUUAUUCAUCCCAUUUCUGUACCACAAAUGAUAUAGUUAACAUUUAGAUUUCAAAAUUAUGUGCAAUUCAAAUCAUUUUCCAUGUCCCAUAUAUUCUGUAAAUAUUGUAAAUAUUUGUACAUAAAUGUGUGUGCUAAAAGUAAUUGUGUUAAAAUGUUGAUAAAUAUGAUAUGUGGCCUGUAUUUCUAUUUUUAUCAUGAAAUGCAGAGAAAAUUGAGUUAAAAUUCUAUGUUUUAUU